CUUCUUCCUCCCCCCACUCUCCUCCACCUCUCUCUCUCCAUCGGUCUCUGCGGCUAUUCUCGAUAUCCUCCAUCGACAGCUAUCCGACAGAACUGUAACUUUUCUUCCUUUUUUCCACCAUAUUCACUUUUGCAUAUCACAACCCACCCAUUCAACCUACCAUAUCUCAGCAUCGUUAUAUCAUACUACUUCAACAAUAUGUCAUCAAAAGAGUUCAAGGCACCUGUAACAAAGAGAAAGCAAAAGGAGGAAGAGGACUUUCCUCGUGGUGGAGCAACCGGCCUUACGCCGCUCGAGUUCAAAGAAAUCGCCCACCAGGCUGACAACUCGCUUUUCUCAGAACCCGGGGUAAAGAGUUCGACUGCGUCUGGAUCGGAGCCUGCCAAGAAGAAACGCAAGCCCACCAAAAAGACCCUCAACAGCACAGCUAACUUUGAGAACACCUUUGAUGACAAGAAACUCAAGGCCGAUAUUCUCUCCUUCAAACGUCUCACGGAGGGUACCAAGGUUUUUGGAUGCAUCAGCAACAUCACCACUGGACGCGAUAAUCUGCCCGAGCUAGUCAUUUCUCUUCCCAACAACCUUACCGGAUAUGUCAACAUUUCAGAGAUCUCGGACGAAUUAAUCCAGGAAGCCGGGGACAGCCUUCCCAACUUGAAGGAGCUCUUCUUUGUUGGUCAAUGGGUUCAGUGUGUCAUUAUUGGAUUACAACAGGGCGCUUCGGGCGGUGCAGCAGCAUCUGGGAGCGAUAAACACAGACGCAAGGUCUUCUUGAGCAUGAAGCCAUUCAUUGCAAAUGCCGGGGUUAAGCCCGUUGAUCUUGCUGCUGGAACGCUCAUUUCAGGUGCGAUUCAGAGCGUGGAGGACCAUGGGUACAUCGUGUCGCUGGGAAUCCACGGCAUGCACGGAUUUCUCAAAAAUUCAGAGGCAAAAAUGUAUCAGCGUAUCAAGAACAACAACAAGCCCUUGGCUGUCGGCCAAGUUCUCGCCUUCAACGUCCUUUUGGUUGAGGGUAACAAGAAGACUGUUCAGUUGACCGUCGAUUCCUUGAAGGUGUCUAGGGCAAUUAUUGGCGACAAUUUUUCCUUCUCAGAGAUUGCAUCUGUCAUGCCUGGUGAUGUGAUCGAGGCCCACGUUACAGAGAUUCAGGAUGUUGGCGUGCUGUGCAAGUUCAUGGGUCACUUCGACGCCACUAUUGACUAUUUCCACACCGCCGCUGGUAUCAUCACCUCCAAAAAACAACUUGAGGAGGCAUUCACAGUCAACAGCAAGAUCCGCGCCAGAAUUUUGUAUGUAGACUUGGCCAGCCACCCUACCAGGAUUGGACUCUCAACCGCCAAACAUGUCAUGGGCUUGACUCAGCCUAACACUACAGAGACAGAGAUCGGAUCAAAGAUCUACCCCGGAAACGCCGUGCCCGUCGGUCGCGCAUUUGAAACUGUCACUGUGAAGCGCAUCGACCCACGCCACGGUCUCCUGUGCGAGAUUGAGGGAAUCGAUAUUCCUGGAUACGUCCAUAUUUCACGAGUGGCGGAUGAGCAUUUGGCGACAAUUACUGCCACGGGAAAGUACCGCGUGGACUCGACACAUCGCGGUAUUGUGCUCGGAUAUGACCCUGUGGACGGACUCUUUCAGCUCAGCUUCCAGGGUUCAGUCUUGGACCAACCUUUCCUUCGUGUGGAGGACAUUGAGAUUGGAUCGGUGGUGAAGGGUACGGUUACUAAGGUCAGCGAUAAGGGAGUAGUUGUCAGCCUUUCCAAGGGUAUCAAGGGGUUUGUCCCUCUUGUGCACUGUGUCGACUCCGUAGUUACCAACAGCACCAAGAAACACGUCGAUGAGAAGUUUAAGGAGGGCAAGGUUGUCAAGUGCAGGGUUCUCUCAACGGACGCCAGCAAUGGCAAGAUCAUUUUGACUUGCAAGGACCAUUUGAUUAACAGCAAGCUGCCCAUCAUCACAUCGCUGGAGGGCGUCGAGCUCGGCACCUUUGCAGAUGGCGUGAUCUCGAAGACCAAUGCUCACGGAUGCAUUGUUCAGUUUUACAACAACGUCAAGGCGUUUGCGCAUAUCUCGGAGCUCCAGGAGGCUCAUGUCACCAAUCUCGAUAUCUUCCAGCCUGGUCAGGUCAAGACCUGCAGGAUUUUGGAGGUUGACGCAGAUGAACAGCGUAUGAAGGUUUCCUUCAAGAAAUCGUCUGAUGUCGAUAUGACCUCCGUGGCAGUUGGCUCAAUCCAGAAGGGCAAGAUUGUUACCGUCAAGAAGGAUCUUGUCCACCUCACUCUCAAGCCCUCUGAGACCAAGGCCGUUCUCCACAUCACACACAUCUCUGAUCAUCUCGGCGAGCAGCCCCAGCGCAUUUUUAACAGUCUAAAGGAGGGUAUGAUUCUGUCGGACUUGGUCGUCAUCAACAAGGACGAAUCCCGUGGCACUGUCUUUGUGAGCAAGAAGCCCCUCUUGGUCUUGGCAGCCAAGCAGAAAAAACUGAUCACUGAGCGCUCUGAACUGAAGCAGGACGAAAUCUACCCCGCCUUUGUCCGCCAGGUCGCCAAGUUUGGUGUCUUUGUAGAGUUCAGUAAUGGCAUUAUUGCGUUGGCAUUCAGAAAUGCGCUGUCGGAUAGGUCAGAUGUUGAGUUCGUCAAAGGCCAGUCGGUCUUGGCAAAAGUGACCAAGAUCGAUGUAGAGGAUGGAAAGAUCGAAGUGACCUUGAAACCUUCGCAAGUCAAUGCCUCUUCAGAUUCGAUUCUCUUCCAGGGCGAGUUCUUGGCGUCAUAUUUCAAGCAGCUCGAGCGUCUCGCCAAGAAGAACGACUCUGCGCUUUCGGUUGGCGCACGCACGAUGGUCGAGGUCAAGAAGAUGGAAGCCGAUCAGUGGACUGUCGCCUAUGGCGCCAACAGCAACACUGGCGUCGUCGCUGUAGAGCACACCAAGGGCGCCAAGGGCAAGACUGGACUGAAGCUAGUCGGCAAAGUGUUGGAUGUUGACUUUGAGAAGGAGGCCGUUGACUUCACCCUGAAGGACUCGCUUAUCACUGCUGAAGAAACCAAGGAGGCGAAGGCUGGCAAGACCUUGACCGCCAACCAGUCCAAGGAACUGGCUAGCCUUGCUGCUCUCCAAAAGUCGCAGGAGGCCGUGGAGGCCGUAAUUGAGCUCGUCAAGGAUGACUACCUUGUGUUGACGGUCCCUCAGCUUAACAACAUUAUCGCUUUCGCUGCCAUCCGUUCGUUCAACAACCGCAAGGACCGAUUCAUCGGCUACAAGGUUGGAGAGAAGAUCAAGACCGUUGUCGCCUACGCUCCCAAGACUCAAGCCAAAGGCCAAACCGCCGAGCGUGUUAUCCUUGUGAUCGAACAGAACGCCGUUGCUUCCUCGAACGCUCGCAACGGCACUGCAAAAGAGAACAGGAAGGCUGGAAAUACUGUCGAGAAGUUUGAGGACAUCAAGGAGGGCGUCAUCACCAUGGGCCGUGUUGCCGGUUCGCAGCACAUGGGUCUCGAUAUCCAUCUUGGCGGAAAGGUCUUUGGCCGCGUUCAUCUCUCCAACAUUUCAGACAGCUAUGCCAACUCCGAAACAUUGAUGAAAGACUUCAAGAAGGGUCAAAUGGUCAAAGUUUAUGUCCUCCAUGUGGAUAGCAGCAAUAAGAAGAUUGACCUGUCGCUUCGCGCCUCACGCCUCGCGCCCGAGCAGCAUACCGUUGUCAACGAUCCUGAGGUCAAGACCGUUUCAGACCUCGCGUCUGGUGGUAUCAUGCAAGGUUUCGUCAGCAACGUGGCGGAUAAGGGUCUUUUCGUGGCCCUGAACCAUAAGCUGAGUGGGCGUGUCAAGAUUGCGGAGAUCUCAGAUGACUACGUCAAGGACUGGAAGUCACAGUUCACGGUCGGCCAGCUUGUCAAGGCGAAGGUUUUGAGCGUGAAUGCGGACCAUAACCAGAUCGAGCUGACCCUCAAGGCCAGCCAGAUCGAUCCCACUGUGAAGGCUGUUCAGGUAUUGGCGGAUUUCACAAAGGGACAGAAGGUCAAGGGAACGAUUAAAGCCGUCAAGGAUAUCGGUGUGUUCAUCAAGAUCGACAACAGCGCUGUUAGUGGUCUUUGCCAUAUCUCGGAGAUCUCGGAGAACCAUGUUCCUGAUGUGUCCAAGUUGUACUCGGUCGGCGACCCUGUCAAGGCCAAGAUUUUGGAUAUUGAUCCUGAGAAGAAGCGCAUUUCUUUCGGUCUCAAGUCGUCGUACUUUGAGGAGGGUGACGCUGAAGCGGAAGAGUCCGACGAGGAUGAGGAGAUGGAGGCGGCGGAUUCAGAUGAGGAGAUAGAAGGUAUCAGCGAUGUUGAGAUUGAUAUGGGCGAGGGUGACUCUGAUAUUGACGAGGAUGGUGAGGAGGAUGAGGAUGACGAGGAGGUCGACAACAUCUUUGCAGGACAUGACGACGACGACUCUGACAAAGACGAGGACUCGGAUGAGGAAGGACAUAAGGAAGUCGAUGGCGAUGAUAGUGAUGUUGAAAUGGCCGAGGCAACGCCUCUACCCGUUUCUUCUGGAUUCAACUGGGGUGGUAAGGAUGAUGCGGAGGAUGAUGAUAACAAGAGCGCCGGCUCAGACUCUGAAUCUGACCCUGAGGAUGACGAGCGCUCCUCCAGCAAGAAGAAGAAGGCGAAGAAGCAGGCCGCUGCAGUAGUCACGGACGAAACCGAGGAUCUCCAAUCACAAGCACCUCAGGUUGCCGCCGACUACGAGCGUCUGUUGCUCGGAUCACCCAACUCCUCGUACCUCUGGAUCAACUACAUGGCCUUCCAGCUGCAGCUCUCCGAGAUCCAGAAGGCCCGCGAAAUCGGUCAACGUGCACUGAAGUCGAUUUCGUUCCGUGAGGAGCAAGAGAAGAUGAACGUGUGGGUGGCCUUGAUGAACUUGGAGAACACGUUUGGCAGCGCGGAUACUUUGGAGGAGGUAUUCAGGAACGCUGUCCAGACCUGCGAACCCAAGAAGAUCUAUCUCCAGCUUGUCAAAAUCUAUGAGCGGUCCAACAAGAUCAAUCAGGCCACGGAACUGUACAACACCAUGACCAAGAAAUUCGGACAGAGCUCGAAGGUCUGGACAGGAUUUGGACACUUCCAGCUGCACCAUGGUAAUAUUGAGGCUGGACGCGACUUGUUGCAACGCAGCUUGAAGUCGUUGCCGAAGCGCAAGCAUAUCAAGACGAUCUCGAAAUUCGCACAGCUCGAGUUCAAGUACGGAGAACCAGAACGUGGUCGCACGAUCUUUGAGGGUGUCAUGAGCAAUUAUCCCAAGCGCGUUGAUCUGUGGUCGGUAUACAUCGACAUGGAGGUCCGAAACGGCGAGCAGGAUGCAGUUCGCCGCCUGUUUGCCCGUGUGGUAUCGCUGAAGUUGUCGUCCAAGAAGAUGAAAUUCUUCUUCAAGAAGUGGCUCGCCUAUGAGAAAGACAAUGGCGACGAGGAACACGUCGAGGAGGUGAAGAGGAGGGCUCUUGCAUACGUCGAGUCAUUAUCAUCAUAAAAUGAGAGGGUGGAGCAACCCCAUCGUAGCAUUCAAAACCAAGUAAUCCGCAUAGAAUCUUUAUUCUCACUAUAAAC